GGCUUAGGCCCGAGGUCUGCACUGUAAGUUCCCAGGCCCUCCCUGGUCCUCUAUCCAAGCCGCACAGCUCUGCUGCUCUGCCCGCGCUUCUCAAGUUUCUCAACUCUGGACUAAGAAUCUUGGAACAAGAGCAAAACCCACUGCUGCUGAGGGGACCUCACCUCCCUCCCUCCAGUUCUCCAAAAAGACUUUCAUCUACUCGGAAAGAGAGUGGGGUGUAUUCACCACCCUGGCUUUGUUGGCCUUUAACUUUUUCUGAUACCUUAGGCCAAUUUUGAUCACAUCUCAUCCUCCAGGUUUUUUUUUGUUUUUGUUUUUUUUGUUUUUGGCAAGAGUGGACAUUGGCCGUCUGGAGCCUGUUUUGGGCAGAGGGUGUUGAGAGGUACUGAGGACUGAGUAGCCAGGUCACCAUGUCCACCAAGGUCCCCAUCUAUUUGAAACGUGGCAGCCGCAAAGGCAAGAAAGAGAAGCUUCGGGAUCUGCUGUCCUCAGACAUGAUCAGCCCGCCACUUGGGGACUUCCGUCACACUAUUCAUAUUGGCAGCGGUGGUGGAGAUGACAUGUUUGGGGACAUCUCCUUCCUGCAGGGCAAGUUCCAUCUCCUUCCAGGAACAGCAGUGGAAGAGGCUGAGGAGGAUGGCAGCUUCGACCUUCCCUUCCAGUUUACUCGCACUACGACAGUGUGUGGGCGAGAGCUCCCCGAUGGGCUGUCACCUCUGCUCAAAAACGCCAUCUCCCUCCCUGUAAUUGGUGGGCCCCAGGCCCUCACUCUGCCCACAGCCCAGGCUCCACCCAAGCCUCCUCGGUUGCACCUUGAGUCACCACAGCCUUCUCCAAAGUCCUCCCCACAGGAGGCAGGAAAUGUGGACGUCUGGAGGAUUCCAGAGGCUGGCUCAACCCACAAUGGGAUGAGCCCUGAGCCAGAGGCCGAAGAGCCCUUCCUGUCCCAUGGUAGCUCCCUGCUGUCUCUGCAUGUGGACCUGGGGCCUUCUAUCCUGGAUGAUGUCCUCCAGAUUAUGGAUCAGGACCUAGGCCGUGUGCAGAUCCCUACAUAAGACCCUUGGCUGACCGGGCAGGUCACCCAGGCUGUGGUGACGCCUGAAGACAUCUAUGGACAAUGGUCCUGACGCAGGUCACACCCAUGGGUGCUGGCCAGUGUCUGUCGUUUUGAGCCUUUGUUUUUUUUCCCUUCUCCCAAUGGACAGAGGGUAUCCUUGUUUUCAUCUAACAUCCACAGGGACCCAUGCAGGAGUUGCCCUAGAGACUGCUGAGUCUCUUUGGUCAUUUGACCCUCACUGCCAAUUGCCCCCUUUCCCUGAGGUCCCAUGUGAUGGAGCCCCUCCUUUCCAACUGCCCUCCAUGUCAAUAUCAUCGGAUGUGCUUCCCACCAGUCUUUGUGUUCUGAUCUGGGAGCAUGGCAUCCAUAAAGCAUGACAUCUCCUGCCUUGUGUCCUGUUCCAUCCCUUCCUCACAUGACCAGGGGAUUCUGGUCGCAAUAAAACAUGCUGCUGCUGGUGGCUGAGCAUCCUGUA